AUGGCAGUGCCUACACGUACACCGAUCGCUGCGAAAGUCGAGCCCAAAUCGACGCACGUCUCCGAUCCUACCGUCCAGCCCUUCUUGCAGGCCGACUUCGACCCGGCGACAUAUCUCAACACCACGCUACCGGGCCUAUCCAUAUCAUCAGCGUCGUCGCGGGGUGGGCGGAACGUGUCCCUCCCAGACCUGUCGGCGCAAUUGCAGACUCUACUAUCACAGCUCAAUGCGCAGACGAGUAGGCACUCCACCACCCUUACACAGCUCACCGAUGAGAUCAUCCGAAGUGGCAGUAGACUGGCCUAUGAGGUUGAGCUACUCCGAGGUGAAACGUUGGGCCUCACAGACACGUUCAAUAAUGGACUGAAGAAGGAUAUCAAUCUGCUCGCCCCGAAGGAGCCUGUGCCUCCGCCGCAGCACGCCGAACACAAGGACGAGAACGGCAAGCAGACCUUUGAGGGAGAUCCCGUCAAUGGUGAACGUGAACAGUCAGACACAGCAGAACCAGAGUUCCUUCAGCGACUACGUACUUUGACGACAGUACGAGAACGCCUCGAUACGGUCAUCAAGACCUUCGGCUCCGCGAUGCAAUGGCCAUUGGCACCAUCUGAAAUAUCUUUGGCCUCGUCCUUCAUAUCAGUAUCUGGCCCAGAAAGCACAGAUGACAGCCGCAGCCGUGAAGAUAAGGGCAAGGAGCACGUUGAAAAGCUACGCCAGGAGAUCAAUGAGCUGCUCUCGGCUGGAGCAGAAGGUCUACGCACAGCCAACGAGCGCGUGGAGGAAUUGCGCCUUCUCGCUGAAGUGUGGAGAGGGACUGCGGAAGAGAAGGCUCGCUUGAAGCUAGUUGACAACUUGCAAAAGGCUGUGGACGAGAAGCAGAAGACGUUAGGUAAGAUUUCUGCCGACGGAGCCAGGAAGCCAGGCGUCUCACCGGCGAGAGGCUACGAUCAUCGCUACGGUAACACUGAUGCCAAGGUCCCUGGUGAUACCGGCUCUGGUUAUGGCUUCCUUCAGAAUCUGCGGAAUCUCAAGAACGAAAUGUAUCUGGAUUGA